ACAAUCCGCAGAUCUGUUGAACUCGGAAAGGCCGCAUCAAAGCGGAGCUCGAAGUUUCAGUGCCACAGCAGUCCUCCUCCAUUCGUGAGGGGUCUCUCCUCGUCUGAUUGUAAGGCGUGAGGAGCCAAUAUGCCAGCAUCCGCAUCUGCUAGCUCUUCGAGGAAGCCUUCGGGCUCCUCCUCCUCCAAAAUGUCAAGCGGAGAGAUCAAGCUGUACAAGACCGUCAUGUCGAAUCCUGACCAUACGAUGAGCGAUGAUCAGCUGGAACAGUCUGUCACGCUUCCUUUGGACCAGCUGAUGGAAGCGAUCAAUGGCCUGCUGCGCAAAAGUCUUCUGACCAUCUCCAACGUCAAAGGCAAGCAGACUUAUACGGCCAUUUCUCGCAGUGAAGCCAGUCUAAUCGGAUCCUUGGAUACGGACGAGACGAUUAUCUAUCAGCACAUCAAGGAAGGCGGCGAUCGAGGUAUCUGGACAAAGUCCCUGAAAGCCAGGUCAAACCUGCAUCAGACUGUAAUGACGCGCGUCUUGAAAAAUCUGGAGCAGAGGCAGUUGGUCAAGGUGGUCAAGGAUGUCAAGACACCCACGCGCAAGAUUUAUAUGCUAGCCAACCUCACGCCUGCAGCGGACAUGAGUGGAGGACCUUGGUACACUGACAACGAGCUUGAUACUGUCUUCAUUGAGCAGCUUUGUGGAGCUCUGCAUCGACACAUCGCACAGGUCACAUGGCCCCAAGUGGAUAACAGUACAGCCUCUUUAGGACCUCUUCAUCCUGCAUCGCAUUCGCGCUCACUACCGACUGCUUCGAGCUGUCUGAGGUGGCUCAAGGCGCGCAAAGUCACCGAUAUCGAGCUGGAUGUGGAACAUGUCAACACAUUGCUGCAGGUACUCGUUUACGACGACAAGAUUGAGAAGAUUCCUUCAACCGGUUUCCCCAGCUUUUCAAGCGUUAAUGAGCGUAGAAAGGAUCCCAACGCGGAGUGGCAGGACGGUGAGGUGUCUGGCCAAGAGACUGCUAGCGAGAGCGAAGACGACGUCAGGAGCGACAGAAGCGGAGGCAGCAGGAGCCGUAGCAGAAGCAGUAGUGAGAGCAGUGCAAGUGGGAGCUCGAGCGCUGCGUCCGACUCAGACAGUGGGAGCGAUUCGAGCUCCUCAAGCGCUACCUCGCGCUCUCGAAGUCGCAGUUUGUCAACCCGUAGCGACAGCGGCAGUGAAGGAGGACCUCGACGCAAACGAAGCUCUUCGAGACGCAGCAGCUCCGGGAAAUCAUCUUCCAAAAGCAAGAAAAGGAAGCGAAAGGAGCACAAAAGCUCCUCCAGGAAACGCCAUCGCGAUGACAGCCGCAGUCGGAAUCGGCCCCGAUCGAAAUCUAAAUCCCACUCGGAUAAAUACCGCUCUCGAUCCAAGUCCAAAUCAGGCUCACACAAGAGUUCCCGGAAGAAAGAGAGUGAGAGUAAAUCAAGCAAAGAUAGAAGAGAGCGAUCGAGCACCUCCAAGCCUGCUUCUGCCGUCAGAAAUGCCGCUUUAGCAGCCAUACCUGUGAACUCGGACGAGGAAUUCGAAGAAGAAUUCAACGUGGGCGGUGAGCUCUGGGUGUACAGAGCCAUCAAACCAUUCAGUGUGCACGUCGCCUGGACCGAGACUCCAUGCGGACACUGUCCCGUAUUCGACUUUUGCGAACCCAAAGGUCCCGUCAAUGCGGAAGGGUGCGUUUACAUGGACGAAUGGAUAUACCGGGCUGGGCAGAAGGAAGAGGACGAAGAUGGAGAGGACGAUCCUAUGGAUGAGAAGGACGCUGCAACACUUCGCUGAUGCUUGGAACUAG